AUGGUACUCGGCUACAAUUAUUAUAAAUUCAGCUAUUGGCAAUGAAAGAGCACACAACAAUAAAUCAAAUUACAAAUAUAUCUUGAUACAUAACUUGUCAUGACCACAAUGUCAAUGAUGAAUCCAUUUUGUUUGAAAUUGAGUCAAACAAUAUUUCUCAUCUGUUUGGUGUUGCAAGCAUAUUUUGUUUGUUCAAAAAAAGUUGUCAGGUGCAUACAAAGUGAGAGGCAGGCACUUCUUCAAUUCAAGGCUGCCCUUAUUGAUGACUAUGGCAUGUUGUCAUCUUGGACGACAGAAGAUUGCUGCCAAUGGAAGGGAAUUGGUUGCAGCAACCUCACUGAUCAUGUAAUUAUGCUCAACCUUCAUGGAGAUUUUAAUUAUUACAAUUAUAAUGAUGGCAAUAAAUUUUAUAUGAGUGGUGAUAUCCACAAGUCAUUGAUGGAGUUGCAGCAAUUAAAGUAUUUGAACCUUGGUGGAAAUAAUUUUGAAGGCAAUUAUAUCCUAAGUAUCUUUGGAUCUCUAAGAAACCUAAGAUACCUUGAUCUUUCAGGUUGCAAUCUUGGAGGACAAAUUCCUAUUCAAUUCGAGUCUCUUUCUCAUUUGAAAUACUUGAAUCUUUCAAACAACCGUCUAGAUGGUGUUAUUCCUCAUCGACUUGGAGAUCUCUCCAACUUGCAAUUUCUUGAUCUCAGGAACAAUCGUUUGGAAGGAAGCAUUCCAACUCAACUUGGAAAUCUCUUCGACAUGGAAUAUCUUGAUCUCCACCGAAAUAGUUUUAAAGGAAAAAUACCAUCUCAACUUGGAAAUCUCUCCAACUUGCAAUUUCUUGAUCUCAGCUAUAAUAAUUUGGAAGGAAAUAUUCCAUCUCAACUUGGAAAGCUUACAAACCUACAAAAGCUUUAUCUUGGAGGAUAUGAUUUUGGUGAUCUGACUAUGGACAACGAAGAUCACAGUAGAGGUCAGUGGCUGUCUAAUUUUACCUCUUUAACCCAUCUUCACAUGUCGUCGAUAUCAAAUCUUUAUAGAUUUAAUAGUUGGUUGGAAACAGUUGGUAAGCUACCAAAACUGAUAGAACUAAGUUUAAGAAAUUGUGGCCUUUCUGAUCAUUUUGUCCAUUCCUUGAGUCAAUCCAAGUUCAAAUUUUCCACUUCUCUUUCUAUCCUUGAUCUCUCUCGGAACAAAUUUGUGUCAUCAUUGAUAUUUCAUAUGGUGUCAAACAUAAGUUCCAAUCUUGUUGAGCUUGACCUUAGUGGCAAUCAAAUGGUGGAUCUCCCGUCAAAUAAUUUUUCUUGUAGUCUUCCAAAAUUGAGAGAACUAAGACUAGCUGAUAACAGCUUCACAUCAUUCAUGAUAUUCCAGUCAUUGUCAAAUAUAAGUUCCAAUCUUGUUGAGCUUAACCUUGCUGGAAACCUCCUGGAGGCUCCCCCAUCACAUGGUUAUGGCACAGUGAUACAGUCUCUUCAGGUACUUGACCUAUCAUAUAAUAAAUUGAAGGGUGUGGCAUUUAAAUCCUUCAUGAAUUUAUGCGCCUUACGUUCUUUAGAUAUGGAAGAAAACAAUUUAACUGAAGACCUGCAAUUAAUUAUUCACAAUUUGUCUAGUGGUUGUGUUAGAAAUUCACUUGAAGUGCUAAACCUCGGUUGGAAUGGAAUCACUGGAACUUUACCCGGUCUUUCUCUAUUCACAUCAAUGAAAACAUUGGAUCUUUCUUAUAAUAAGCUGAGUGGAAAGAUUCCUGAAGGUAGUAGCUUGCCAUUUCAGUUGGAACAAUUCCACAUCAGAUCAAACUCUUUAGAAGGGGGAAUUCCUAAAUCAUUGUGGAUGAAUGCUUGUAAGUUGAAAUCAUUGGACUUGUCCAACAACAGUUUUAGUGGUGAGCUUCAAGUCUUAAUCCAUCACUUAUCUAGAUGUGCUAGAUAUUCACUCCAACAAUUAAAUCUAAGAUUUAAUCAAAUUAACGGCACACUGCCUAAUCUUUCAAUAUUCUCAUUUUUGGAAACAUUCGAUAUUUCUGAAAAUAGACUCAACGGGAAGAUAUUUGAAGAUAUUCGAUUUCCAACUACUCUAAGGCUACUACAGAUGGGCUCAAACUCUUUGAAUGGCGUGAUCUCCGACUUCCAUUUUUCUGGUAUGUCAAUGUUAAGAUAUUUAUAUUUGUCUGACAACUCACUGGCAUUGAGAUUUACAGAAAACUGGGUCCCGCCUUUCCAACUGUACACUAUGGAUUUGGGAUCAUGCAAACUUGGUCUUACAUUUCCCAAAUGGAUUCAGACACAAAAAUACCUGCACAAUCUUGAUAUUUCUAAUGGUGGAAUUUCAGAUAAUGUUCCAGAGUGGUUUUGGUCUAAACUAUCAUCCCAAGACUGCUCUAGAAUCAACAUUUCCUAUAACAAUCUCAAAGGAUUAAUUCCAAAUCUUCAAGUAAAAAAUCAUUGUUCUUUUUUAUAUCUUUCAUCAAAUGAAUUUGAAGGGUCCAUUCCACCAUUUCUAAGAGGUUCUUCAUUUAUUGAUCUGUCCAAAAAUAAGUUCUCUGAUUCUCGCCCUUUCCUAUGUGCAAACGGUAGAGAUAUAAUGUUACGUCAACUUGACCUUUCGAAUAAUAAAUUUUCGGGAGGAAUUCCAAAUUGUUGGAGCAACUUCAAGUCAUUAGUUUAUGUAGAUUUGAGUCACAACAAUUUUUCCUGGAAGAUUCCUACUUCAAUGGGAUCUCUUGUAGAACUUCAAGCAUUAAUAUUGAGGAAAAACAUCUUAACAGAGGAAAUCCCUGUCUCCUUAAUGAACUGUACAAAGUUAGUAAUGCUAGAUUUGAGAGAAAAUAGAUUAAAGGGACUCAUCCCUUAUUGGAUUGGAAGCGAAUUAAAAGAGCUCCAAGUUUUAAGCUUACAAAGGAAUCACUUCUUUGGAAGUUUACCAUUCGAACUUUGUUAUCUACAAAACAUUCAACUCUUUGAUCUCUCAUUCAACAAUCUAUCUGGACAGAUUCCAAAAUGCAUUAAAAAUUUCACCUCAAUGACUCAAAAAGAUUUAUCACAAGAUUUAAGCAGUCAUCAGUAUGCUAUCGGCCAAUAUACGAGGAAGACAUAUGAUUUGAGUGCAUUCUUUACCUGGAAAGGUGUAGAAGAACUGUUCAACAACAAUGGAUUGUUUCUUUUAAAAAGCAUAGAUCUAUCAAGCAAUCACUUUUCAGAGGAGAUUCCACUUGAAAUAGCAGAUUUGAUUCAAUUGGUCUCUUUGAACUUAUCAAGAAACAAUUUUACAGGGAAAAUUCCUUCAAAUAUUGGAAAACUAAGAUCACUUGACUUUCUUGACUUGGCACGAAAUAAGUUGCUAGGUUCAAUUCCUUCUAGUCUUUCCCAAAUAGAUCGGCUUGGUGUGUUAGAUUUGUCACAUAAUCAAUUAUCUGGAGAGAUUCCAUUGAGCACACAACUACAAAGUUUCAAUCCGUCAAGUUACGAAGAUAAUCUUGAUCUUUGUGGACCACCACUUGUAAAAUUGUGUGUUGAAGGGAAACCACCAUAUGAUCCAAAAGUAGAAGUUCAAAACGAUGAAGAUUUGCUUCUCAAUCGUGGAUUUUACAUCAGUCUGACAUUUGGAUUUAUUAUAGGCUUUUGGGGUGUAUUUGGAUCAAUCCUAAUCAAGCGUUCCUGGAGACAUGCUUAUUUCAAGUUCAUGAACAAUUUAAUGGAUAAAAUUUACGUCAAAUGCAGAUGGGGGCUUAAAGAUUAACUGGGGGCAUCUUCACUAAAGGGUACUCCAUAGUGCAUUGGUGGUUAACCGGAUUAACGUGUAAUCCGGACGAAUUGAGAGAUUUUGAUGGCCGAAGAGAAACUAUCUUCUAGAAAAUAGAUUGUUGGAAUGUGUUUUUGUAAUAUGUGAUUAUGUCAUUUAUCUCUUAUGUUAUAGUCUCUUGUUGAAUCGAGUUGAACUUGCAAUA